UUUCCACUUUGCAACACAUGGCCUGUGUAAACCCUCAAGAUGGUUCUCAUCAGCCCACCCAUUCUAGGCAAGCCUGGGGGGGAAAGUAUGUGCACAAGGAAUAUAUAAAUGGAUAUGCUUGGUUAUCUUAGAGGAUCAGGUUUUGAUGUCCCCACAAGACAAAAUCCUCGAAUGGAAGUGAAAAUUGACUUCGCGCUCUGACGUAUGGCUGCAGGAUGGCGCCCCCUUCUGGUAGACUACAGCAUUACAGCCAAAACAACAUUGUAAUAGAUAGGCUCUGGUCCCCCCUCCCCCAUGACCCUAGUUGGGAUUCAGUGGUUUCAGAAAAUGGACGGAUGGAUUUUCCACAACAAAAGGGUUCAUGGAGGUCACUGACCUGGGUUAGCUGAGGGAGCAUCAAAUCUCACAGAAGAAGCAGCCUGUGCUGCUACUCCGACCCUAAUCUGCCUGCUUACACCACUGGGACCCUGCUGCCAUCAUGUGUGAGUAUGUCAGCCUGCCGUGCCCUCACCCGUAAACCUAUGGCAAUCUUUAGAGGCCCAUGUGACAAUGCUGGCUGAUUAGGAAGCUUUACUUAAUUAAUAAAGAAGGCCUUUAAAUCUGAAAAUCAACAAAAUGAUCCAUAUAUUUAACACAGUAGAAAUGUGUAACAUAAACAGUCAUGUACUUUGCACAUUAGCUAAAUUGUAAGAAUUGGUAUACCUCUAUGUGUGUAACAGCCUGAAAUAACAUUUCCUCUUACAUAUCUGGCUCACAAACGUGAGUCGACACUGACUCACAGGUGUGAUGCAGUUACCAAUUAAGACAGCAGUAACAAAUGCUCAUAUAUAAAUUAUGACAAAACCCACUUCAAAAAUACAUUGCAUAAAUUAAUCAUUCUACUAAUAACAUAAUGUGUUAUAUAUACAAUUACACAGAUCCUUCGAAAAAAGAUCUAUGGACAAUCUUUAGCAUUAAAAACUGCCAGAGUCAUCAUGGACCAGUGAGGUCAAAGCUGGUCAUGUGACUAACCGAUCACUGUUCACGCCUUGGGUAGCAUAAGGAGGAAGUUCUGCUGUAACUCCAAAGGGCAUCUUUCAAAGAAGGAAACUGCUCUACACAUUCAUUCUGUAUCAUAUUCCAUUAAUCAUGCAGAAGUCAGCAAACUGACUACAUUACUUUAUUCAUUAUGUUAUUUAAGAGUUGUUUCACAGAAGCAGAGAAAGUCUAAUUCAGAGUUCAGGAGAAAUAGGAGACAAAACGGGAGAUGAGGGGAAGAGGAGGAGAGAGUGAGAGAGAGAGAGACCCAGGACCUUCAGCCUAUUAGCAGCAAAAAUACACGAGUGAGAGGCAGGCUGGAACGUUAACUCUGAAGACACUGGGAGAGCAGCGGGGUCCCAUCAGAAGAGGAUCAUCAGCUGUGCCCCUCUCCAGUCAUGCGGGACCAUGUACACCUGGCUGGCUUUCUUAACACUUAUGUGGAGUUCCAAGGAGUUCAAUAUUUCUAAAAUUCCAAGCUUAAUUUCCCAUGGAAAGUUUUUGGAAAGUUACCAGAAAUUUUACGCCCCUUUGCAACCCUAACUGCAAUGGACUGGCACCCAUCCACGGUUACCCCAGCCUCGCUCCCUCGUUAAAAAUGCCUUGUGGGGGAGCUGCACACCAUGCCAAGGAACUGUUUAGGAUGCAGACUGUGCCAGGGUCCCCGGACUGUGCAUGACCACAGGAGCCAGAUGACACAUAUCCAUACCCCGGCUACGGAGGACCCCCACCUGGGCUUGGGUCUGCUCGAUGACUCCUCAGAAGUGUCCAUCUCCCAGGAUGAAUCGGACUCAGGGAGCUUGCUCUCUGAUGAUUCGAUCUUCCUCAAUUACGAGCGGGCAAGGCGCUGGUCCUGCCCUGGGACUACACUCUAUGAGGCUUGUGCCAGGAACGAGGCCCUGACAGUACGCAGAGUCCUGGAGAGGGGUGUCACCCAGGAGGAGGUCAUGGAGCUUGACAUCAAUGGCAGGAAUGGCCUGAUGAUGGCAGCUUGCAAGGGCUUUGUGGACAUUGUGUUAGAGUUGUACCACUGUCCCUUCCUGGAUGUCAACCGUCGGGACAAUGACGGCAACACAGCACUCAUGAUGGCAUCGCAAGCAGGUUUCAUCACUAUUGUGAAUCACAUCCUGAACUACUUCUCCGGCGUGGACUUGGAAGUCAGAGAUACCCGGGGCUUCACGGCUCUUAUCAAGGCAGCCAUGCAGGGCCGUGACGACUGCGUGACAGCGCUGGUCAUGGCCGGAGCCAAUGUGAAUGCCGUAGACACAGCAAAGGGAAGGACCGCUGAGGACUGGGCGCUAAGGACCGGUCGUUUUGAAACAUUCCAGAAACUCCGGCGCCUGAUGGCCCAGCCGUGUGCGGAGCAGUUCUGUGAAAGGUACAUCCCAGAGUGGCCAGAUCUGAAUGAGCUGGUAGCCAAGGCAACAGCAGCCAAGACAAAGGGGGAACAGCUCGCCCAGUGCCUGCAGUCCACCUUCACCAUCAGCUUUCCCAGGGAUCCCCAGGACAACGGCGUGCUAGACCACAUGGUUCGCAUCACCACCAGCAUCCAUAGUCCGUUGGUGGUCACCGGGUGCCGCCCGCUCCAUCUCACCAGCCCCCCAGAGUUGGGAAAGAGGCGUAAGGCUGUACCAGAACUGGCACAGCAAUCCACAAAGGGGGAGCUGAGAGAGCCGUCAUUAACUGCCGCCAUGGACUCUCCUGUCAGCUCUACUUCCUCCAUGCCCUUGACCUCCGGCGGUUCAGGCACUCAGCCAAAUGUCCCUAAGCUCUCCAUAGUCUGCAGCAGUGUGCCUAGCUACCUCCCACGUCACUUUGGUCGCCAUAACAGCAUCUUCCCGACCAGUUGCAUUCCUCAGAUCAAGGUGAUAAAGUCAGGGGAACGCACACCCAAGACGGAGAAAAAGAAGAAGAUGUCAAAGCUCCACCUGGAGCCACCUGUGUGGAAGUACAAGGAGGCCAAGGAGGAAAAGAAGAAAGAGAGGCUCAAUGUAGAGCAAGAGGCGCUAAUCAAAGACAAGAACCAUAAGACCCAGAGGACAAAGAAGGCAAAGCACUAAGUCCGACCAGGUGUCACCAAUGAAAACGUCCAGUAUAAUGUGGGGAGAUUAAAACACAAGACUUCGUAUCACCUGAGCAUUGGCUUUUUCUAGAAGCUAAUCUCCCACUAUUACAGAGGUUAAGUGAUAAAUAACGACAAUGGCAAUCACUUUUGAAUUGCUAAAUUAUGCUUAUAAAAACACUUUUCUUCUGAUGUAUCAA